AGCGGACAACACCAAUCUGCCAUUCAUGUAAGGGAUUCGUUUUAUACCCAGGUCAAGGAACAAACAUGGCGAUCAUCGACUUUCGGAAAAUCACUGUGGAGCCCGUUCUUUUCUUUUACAUGCUAUGCACUUUCAUGUCAUUUCCACUGAUACAGCAGCUAGCAUUUAAAAAGAUCUGUUACGAUAAGUAUGGCGCCGAAACAUGCAAAAACCUGACCAAGUCACAAGAAGAUUUUGUACACGAAAAAACGUCGAAAUGGAUUUUGUAUCAAUCUGUUUCUCUGAUGGUACCUUCUAUUGCUGCCUCCUUGAUCUUGGGUUCCUGGUCAGAUAAAGUCGGCCGCAAAACAGUGCUAAUUCUGCCUUCCAUUGGAAGCGUUCUACUUUACAUCAAUUACAUGCUGAAUGUGGGGUAUUUUUCACUUGACGUGAAUUUCAUCCUUAUCGGAGUCUGCAUCUCGGGUUUCUUUGGUGGAUUUGCCACAACGCUUCUUGGUGUUUUUUCUUACAUUUCUGAUAUCACUGAUAAAUCUCAGCGAACUCUGAGAGUAGCCAUUCUGGAGUCCAUGAUAUUUUUAGGAGGCACUGUUGGUAACCUAAUCGGUGGCGUGCUAGUGGAACAUCAGGGCUUUAUGGCGGCAUUCGGUUUGUGUUUAGGCUUGAAUGUUAUCGUUAUACUCUACGUUAGUUUAAUUCUUCCAGAGUCUUACUUCCCGGAAGGAGAUCAGGAAGGAAACUGGGCGUUAGUUGCUGUGCACAAUCACCUCAAGGCUUGCUUCCGAGUUUUAUCCAAGCAACGACCCCGACAUCAGAGACUGAAUUUAGUGGUGAUCACAUUUGGUGCGCUGCCUUUUAUUCUAAUAAUUUUUGGUGGUUUCAAUGAUAUUACAGCUAUCUACAGCAAGCACAGUCCACGCAACUUCAGUCCUUCACAGAUUGGUUACUUCUUUGCCGAGGUUCUGUUUCUUAAAGGUAUUGGGGUCGUUUUGGGGAUACCACUAAUGAAUAAGAUUCUCAAUUGGUCAGAUCUCACCAUCGCUAUUACAGGCGCUUUCACAUCCAUUUGCUUGUAUAUUUUUCUUGGACUUGCAUCAAACAAAUGGAUGAUGUUUGUAGGUAAGUAUCAGGUUGUCAUGGAUACCUCACAUGCUCAGUUUAGUUUGCUCUUGGGCUCCACCAGCCUUUUAGGCACCAUUCCCUACGCUCAUUUUCAAACAAGAAACAAGAUGGCGAUCAUAGACUUUCGGAAAAUUACAGUAGAGCCUGUUCUUUUCUUUUACAUGCUAUGCACCAUCAUGUCCGUUCAACUUGCGCAGCAACUAGCAUUCAACAAGAUCUGUCAAGAUAAGUAUGACGCCGAAAGAUGCAAAAACCUGACCAAGUCUCAAGAAGAUUUUGUACACGAAAAAACGUCGAAAUGGAUUUUGUAUCAAUCUGUUUCUCUGAUGGUACCUUCUAUUGCUGCCUCCUUGAUCUUGGGUUCCUGGUCAGAUAAAGUCGGCCGUAAAACAGUCCUAAUUCUACCUUCCGUUGGAAGCGUUCUACUGUACAUCAAUUACAUGCUGAAUGUGGGGUAUUUUUCACUUGACGUGAAUUUCAUCCUCAUCGGAGUCUGCAUUUCGGGUUUCUUUGGUGGAUUUGCUACAACACUUCUUGGUGUUUUCUCUUACAUUUCUGAUAUCACUGAUAAAUCUCAGCGAACUCUGAGAGUAGCCAUUCUAGAGUCCAUGAUAUUUUUAGGAGGCACUGUUGGUAACCUAAUCGGUGGCGUGUUAGUGGAACAUCAGGGCUUUAUGGCGGCAUUCGGUUUGUGUUUAGGCUUGAGCGUUGUCGUUAUAUUCUACGUUAGUUUAAUUCUUCCAGAGUCUUACUUCCCGGAAGAAGAUCAGGAAGGAAACUGGGCGUUAGUUGCUGUCCACAAUCACCUCAAGGCUUGCUUUCAAGUUUUAGCUAAGCAACGACCCCGACAUCAGAGACUGAAUUUACUGGUGAUCAUCAUUAAAUUUACNCGCAAAACAGUGCUAAUUCUGCCUUCCAUUGGAAGCGUUCUACUUUACAUCAAUUACAUGCUGAAUGUGGGGUAUUUUUCACUUGACGUGAAUUUCAUCCUUAUCGGAGUCUGCAUCUCGGGUUUCUUUGGUGGAUUUGCCACAACGCUUCUUGGUGUUUUUUCUUACAUUUCUGAUAUCACUGAUAAAUCUCAGCGAACUCUGAGAGUAGCCAUUCUGGAGUCCAUGAUAUUUUUAGGAGGCACUGUUGGUAACCUAAUCGGUGGCGUGCUAGUGGAACAUCAGGGCUUUAUGGCGGCAUUCGGUUUGUGUUUAGGCUUGAAUGUUAUCGUUAUACUCUACGUUAGUUUAAUUCUUCCAGAGUCUUACUUCCCGGAAGGAGAUCAGGAAGGAAACUGGGCGUUAGUUGCUGUGCACAAUCACCUCAAGGCUUGCUUCCGAGUUUUAUCCAAGCAACGACCCCGACAUCAGAGACUGAAUUUAGUGGUGAUCACAUUUGGUGCGCUGCCUUUUAUUCUAAUAAUUUUUGGUGGUUUCAAUGAUAUUACAGCUAUCUACAGCAAGCACAGUCCACGCAACUUCAGUCCUUCACAGAUUGGUUACUUCUUUGCCGAGGUUCUGUUUCUUAAAGGUAUUGGGGUCGUUUUGGGGAUACCACUAAUGAAUAAGAUUCUCAAUUGGUCAGAUCUCACCAUCGCUAUUACAGGCGCUUUCACAUCCAUUUGCUUGUAUAUUUUUCUUGGACUUGCAUCAAACAAAUGGAUGAUGUUUGUAGGAGGAUUAAUCGCAGUUGGUACUGGAAUCCCUCCACCUUGCCUAAGAUCGAUUAUUUCAAAGCAAGUGGAAUCUUCUGAACUAGGUACAACAUUUGCUCUUGUUGCAUCCCUGGAAGUGUUGGAGACACUUCUAGCUUCCAUCAUCUUUAAUAAUAUUUACAGUGCCACAGUGGAAUGGCUGCCAGGAUUUUCGUACUUUUUGAUGUCAGGACUGGUUGUUGUUCCCAUCUGCUUGCUUUUAUGGCUUCAUGUUUUGGAAAGAUGCUCCAAUCCCUAUGAAGCUAUGAACACAGUUGUUCAUUCCCCAGAUCAGGAGAAUUCUUUAAACACUGAUGAGGGAGUUGCCAGUUCCUUCUUGGGAUCACAAAAUGGAAACUAAGCCUCAACAGCUUGGUACUGUUACAGAAAUGGCAAUGGUUGUGGUACAAAUGUGAUUGCAAUUUAGAGACAAUUGUAUAAAUUAUUAAAAUAUAGAUGAGCUCUUUACUAAUGACAAAGAAAUUGGCAAUGACGUUGAUCAUGAUGAUGACGACAACUGUGUGUCAUUUUUGCUUGCGAUGGUUUACAAGUUUACAGUGUAUAAUAUGAAUAAUGUUUUGCAUAAAUGAAACCUGUGCAGCUUGUCUUACAACACAAAAAAUGUCACAGGAUUUUGAAGUGUGUUUAAAUGCUAGGAUUUCAUUGUGUCAGGCAAUGCUUAGCGUACCAUUUGUGCAAAUAAAUGUUCAGAGUUGACUAAAUGAAUACAAAUAUGUCCAAUAUGUUACAGCCAGACACAGUCACUAACAGUGUGAUACAGCAUUGUAACUAAGUAACCAGUUUCAGUAGGCAACUGGACAAAGGAAGAUAGAUUUGUAGACAAUAUGAAUAUGUUCAAAAGUAUAAUAAAGUGAGUUUAUGGCUCUAAAAGUGAAGGUUGUGCAGAA